AGGAUGAGGCGUGGGAGACCCCCUUGGGGCGGUGGGGCCAAGGAAUUCCCGGCCCCAGAGUUCAAGUUCCUAGACUCUUCCGGGCCCCUCCAAAGCCGCUCCCUGCUCUCCCCCUUGCUGAAGGAAGGGAAGAAAAUGGGAACGCUCUCUCCCGAAGAAGGAAAACAUCAGCAGUGGCGUCUCCCCCACAGCCUGCCCGGGGCCUGCUUCCUCCUGGAAGGGAGCUGGGAGAAAGCGGCCUUCCAGACACACAAGAUAAGGAAAGAAUUUACCUCUGCGUUCGGGCUGAAAGGCUGCCAGGAGAGAAUCCAAACUCCAGGCCUUCUUCCUCGAGUCCCGGCUUCUCGGGGACAUAAAGGACACCCAGGGGUGGCCGCUCUCACCCUGACGACCAGCCAGUCCGAGGGAGAGGAGCCCCGCUGCCCCCCAACUUUUCACUCCUCCCUCCGGCCCUCGCCGCCGGCCCCGGAAAAAGAGCUUCGCCGGAGAGGCCUGGAUUUCUGUUCAUCUGGGAGCAGAGGGAAGGCCGGGAAGAGAAGCCGGCUCUUCCAGGGCGAUGUGGGACCGGGAAGGAGAGAGACCAGGAAUGGCUGCUUCCCACCGGCCUCAUCCCGGGGGUCAAGGAGGAGCGGAGAAAGGGGCACCGUCCGAACGACGCAAGAACCGCCGAACUGUCGCGGCGGCUUCAGAAAUCCUUUCAGCGGCGCCCCGCCUGAAUACCUGCAGAGGCUUUCCGAAUUAGCCGUCCUGGAAUACGAUACCAUCCGGCAAGAAACCAAAGGAAACCUCAAAAAUGUCCGGAAGCCGGCUCCUCGGGCCUGCUGAGCGUCGCUAUUGGGAUUUUCCGCGGCCUUGACUCCGGGAAGGCCUGGACACCCUCCUUCGAGCCGGGGUCUGCCACCGCCCCCCCGUAAUAAAUAUG